AUGAUGUUCAAGUCUCUUGCCGCCGUGUCGGCUCUGUCCCUCUUUGCAUCAUCUGCUAUUGCUGUUGAUGUUAGCCUGAAGAAUAAUGUUGCUGUCUACUAUGGACAAGGUUACGAUCAACUCCGGCUCAAGCACUUCUGUGAACAGACCACGUCGGACAUUAUCAACAUCGGGUUCAUCAACGAGUUCCCCAAACAUGUGGGCGACUUCCCUGGUUCCAAUUUUGCGAAUCAGUGCGAUGGUGCCGUUUUCGACGGUUCAAAGCUGCUAAGUGGCUGCCACCAGAUCUGGCAGGAUCUCCCCAGUUGCAAGGCUGCUGGUAAGACUGUCCUGCUGUCCAUCGGUGGCGGUACUGCCACAGGCCAGUCUCUCCCAGACGUGGCUACCGCAGAAUGGUUUGCGGAUUUCCUGUGGUAUUCUUUCGGCCCUUACAAUCCUGCUGUCUCUUCAUUGGGCUGGACGGCGGACAUGGUUGGCACCUACCCCCGCCCAUUCCUCACUUCCGGAGUUGACGGAUUCGAUUUUGAUAUCGAGUACAAUGGCGGAGUUGGCUACGCUGCCAUGAUCAAUCGUCUGCGCAAGCACUUCGCCGAGAGCACCGCACAGACCUACUACAUUUCUGGUGCUCCCCAGUGCCCCACCCCCGACCCCCAGCUUGAUGAUGCUAUUGCCAACUCGUACUUUGAUUUCAUCUGGGUUCAGUGGUACAACACCCAGAGUUGCUCUGCUCGCAGCUGGGUCGACAAGACCGGCAAUUUCAACUUCGAUGCGUGGGUCAGCAUCAUCAAGAAGAGCGCCAACCCCAAUGCUAAGCUCUUCAUCGGUCUUCCCGCAUCGGAGACUGCCGCUAACGCUGGGUUCUACCUGACUCCUGCUGAGGCGAAGCCCCUUAUCAAGACUUAUAUGGAUAAGUACCCCAAGACCUUCGGUGGUGUCAUGCUCUGGGAGGCUACUGCUGGUGACACCAAUCUCACCGAUGGAACACCGUAUACUGAGCACAUCAAGGAUAUCCUGGUCGAGUGCGCUCCUCUUCCCAUCACCUCUACCACCACCACCCACUCCUCGACCACUACCACUGUCCCGCCUACCACCCAGACUACCACUUCCACCUCGACUACCACUACCUCCAGCUCGACCACCACCACCAAGUCCAGCUCGACCACAACUUCCAGCUCGACGACUGUCUCUUCGACCUCGACUACCUCCUCGACCUCGACGACUACCUCUUCCAGCUCGACCACUUCCAGCUCGUCUGUCACUUCUGGCUCGGCUACCUCUUCCAGUGUCGCUGUCACCUCCAGCUCGUCUUCCUCUUCAAGUACCCCUAGCAGCUCUGUGACACCUUCCUCCAGCCAUGUCGCUCCCCACCCCUCUGGAAAGCCCCACCACAGCUCGCAUGGACAUGGCCACGGACACCACACCCACACCCGCCACACCCAUACCCACACCCGUCACACUCACACUGUCCCAAGCUCCACUCCUGUGGCCCCAAGCUCCACCCCCGUGGUCCCAGGCUCUUCCAGCACUGCUACUGAGUCCGGCGCUUCUUCCAGCACUGCUACUGAGUCCGGCGCUUCUUCCAGCACUGCUACUGAGUCUGGCGCUUCUUCCAGCACUGCUACUGAGUCUGGCGCUUCUUCCAGCACUGCUACUGAGUCCGGUGCCGCUUCCAGCACUGCCACUGAGUCUGGCGCCUCUUCCACUAGCGAAGGUACCAUCCCGACCGGUGGCCCAUCCACUGGCGCCGAGACUACUACUGGAGGAUCCAAGCCUACUGGUGGUGAGACUUCUGGAGGUUCCCAGCCUACCGGCAACGAGACCACUGGAGGCUCCAAGCCCACCGGCACUGACUCCACCACCGCCCCUGCCGGUAUCACUGCCUCUCCCUCCGCGCCCAGCGCCGGUUCCUCUUUGGCCCCUGGUACCACCACCACUAUCAUCGUGACCUCCUACGUUGAUAUUUGCCCCACUGGUUUCACCACCAUCACCACCACCAUCACCAAGACCUACUGCCCUGGUGACGCCACUGCUACCGCAACUGGCACCGCUGAGAUCACUGCCCCCACUUCCGGCCCUGCCACUCCCACUGCCGACAUCCCUGAGGGCUGGACUACUACCGUGACUGUCUGCACUGUCUGCGCCGCUACCCCGACCACCGUGACCCUCACCAAGCCCGCUGCCACCGCCGCUACUACCACUGAGGCUGUCUCCCAGUCCACCGCUCCUGCGGUCCCUGAGGGCUUCACCACCACUCUGACUUACUGCAAGCACUGUGGUCCUACCGUGGUCAUCCCCAGCGGAGGAUUCCACCCCGGCAGACCCUCGUCAAGCAUCGUCUUCCACCCCUCGCGCACACCUAUUGUUGCCGUUGUCGCGCCCACCGCCACAACCGCACCCACAGAGCCCACCGGUAACCCAGUCGGUGUCUCCCCGGUCUUCACCGGUGCCGCUUCCCGUGCGGUUGCCAGCCUCACUGGCGUCCUCGCUAUCGCUCUUUCCAUGUUCAUGAUGCUGUGA